UAAAUAAUUUGAUUUGACUGAUAAGAGAGUAAGGAUAUGUUCACAUCUUACAUUAUUUAUUACAUUUAAAUUAUGAAGAAAGUACAGGGAAACGAUGCCUUCCAACGUAUUAACUUUUUGUAUCAGGCCAGCAAAUGUAUAUCAGAAAAUAAUGCCGCCCUAUCUUCAUACUACGGAAAUCUAAUAGUCAAUAUAGCUAAGAAGAAUGUUUUGAAAAUACACCCAGAUAUAAAAAGGCAGCUUUGCAAGAAAUGCCGAUGCAUGCUCAUUUACAACACCACAGCCAAGAUGAAAAUUAAAAACAAAAAUAAAUCAAAGAUAAUAGAGUGGACGUGCAAAUCAUGUGGUACAAAAAGGACUUUUCCAGCCAGUAAAGAUGAUGACCAUAGUUUAUGGGUGGAUAGACCAGAAGCUGUUGUAGAAGUUAUUAAACAGGAAUAAAUAAUAAGUAUUUCAGUAUU